AAAUCCAAACACUAGGUCACGCCGCAGCUGUGGUUACUCGCAGAUGCAUUCUCCCAUCUUCGUUCGUUUCCCUCCCUCUUAUUUCCUCUGAUUUGGUAGCAGACUAGCAGAGGUUGCCGAAGAAGGGAAUGGGGAAGACGGCGAAGGGAUCGCGGAAGGGGAAGAAGGCAUGGAGGCCCGAUAUCACCACCAACCACAUCGACGAUUACUUCGACGAGUCCAUCAGGGACGCCUUCACCGGCAAGGCUUCCGAGACGAAAUCCACUGACAAAAUUCCUGUGAAAAGAAAAAUUGAGAAACACAAGAAAAAAGUUCUCCAUUAUGAUAGCUUGCUUCAGAAAAAUCCUUUUGCUGUUCCAUCGUCUUCUUCAAAAAAAUCAAAGCGGAAAAAGAAACAAGUGAACACACAAAUAAUAGAGACUGACAAAUCUUCACAGGUAGAUGAUAUAACUUCCACUCUAACUGACAUAUGGAAUAAUGAAGGUCAAGCAACUGACAUGCCUAAAAAGAAACAGAAGUCAUCUAUCAUUCAAGCUGUCGAAGUGGAACCACUUGGUUGUUCAUUUAAUCCUUCAUUUGAGGCUCAUCAAGAUUCAUUUUCUCUAGCUGUUGUCAGUGAGAUGCAGAAAAUUUACAGAAAAGAAUUGGGUCCUCAAGCUGUACCAAAAACAGUUCCAGGUGAAGCAAUUGCAGAUGAAGAUGACAGGGCCUUCGCUUGGGUGGCCACCUUGCCCGACGAGGUGUGGGAGCACACUUUCUCUUUCCUCCCGAACAACGUUGAUCGCCAUGCCGUUGCCCUAGUCUGCCGCUCUUGGUAUCGGAUUGAACGGGUGUCGAGGCGGAAGAUCUUCGUGGGGAAUUGCUAUGCGGUCGCGCCGGCCGAGGCAGUGCGGCGAUUCCCAGAGGUCAGGGUGGCGACCAUCAAGGGGAAGCCGCAUUUUGCUGAUUUCAACCUAGUGCCCAACGACUGGGGCGGUGCAGCGGGGAUGUGGAUCCAGUCGAUGGCCUUGGGGUGGCCGCUUCUCGAGGAACUUUGCCUCAAGCGAAUGGUGGUCUCUGAUGAUUGUCUCAAGCUUAUCGCCCGGUCCUUUAAGAACUUUAGGGUUCUGUCUCUAGCAUUCUGCGAAGGGUUCAGCACUGCCGGGCUGGCCGCCAUUGCAGCCAAUUGCAGGAAUUUGAAGGCACUUGAUCUGCAUCAAUAUAAAGUGAAGGAGAAUUGUAUAAACUGGAUAUCUCAUUUUCCAGAAUCCUUUACUUCCCUUGUUACUCUCAACAUUGCAUGUCUGGAUGGUGAGAUGAAUGCAUCUAUUCUUGAGCGCCUCAUUAGCAGAUGUCCCAAUCUCAAGACCCUCAGACUCAAUCAUGUCACUUCUCUAGAAAAACUUGUUGGCCUUCUACACAGGGCUCCACAGAUGGUAGACCUUGGAAUUAGCAUUCUUAUAGGAGGUCAUCCUGGACUUUUCUCCAAGCUUGAGUCUGCUUUUGCACACUUAAAACAUCUGAAGAACCUAUCUUGGAAAGCUGGACCAUUAUACUUACCAGCAAUAUAUUCAAUUUGUGAAGGUCUUACAACACUGCAGCUCUUUGACUCUAGCAUACUAGCUCCAGAGCUCUCAAAAGUAGUUAGCCAGUGUAAAAAUCUUCAACAACUAUGGGUUAUGGACUUAAUCGAGGACAAUGGGCUUAUUGCUGUGGCAUCAUCUUGCAAACUCCUCCGAAAAUUGCGAAUAUUUCCUUCUGAUCCACCUUACUGUCCUCUCACAGAAAUUGGCCUUAUUGCUGUCUCUUCUGGUUGUGUAAUGCUCGAGUCUAUUCUCUAUUUUUGCCGGAAGAUGACUAAUUCUGCCCUCCUUACUAUUGCUAAUAAUCGCCCCAAUCUCACAUGCUUCCGGCUCUGCAUCAUCAGGCCUUACACCCCUGAUUAUAUUACUCAAGAGCCUCUGGAUGUUGGCUUUGGCGCUAUUGUUGAAUCCUGCAAGGACCUCCGACGUCUCUCCUUAUCUGGUCGUCUUACUGAUCUUGUGUUCAAAACUAUUGGGGCCUCAGCAAAUCGUCUUGAGAGGCUCUCAGUUGGUUUUGCUGGUGAUUGUGAUGCAGGUCUUCAUUACAUUCUAUCUGGUUGUAGGAAAUUACGCAUUCUGGAAAUUAGGAAAUGCCCGUUUGGGAUCAAGGCAUUAUUGGACAAUGCAGAUAAGCUGGAGACAAUGCGAUGCCUUUGGAUGUCAUCAUGCUCCGUGACACUGGGGGCAUGCAGAUUAUUAGCUAAGAAGAUGCCACGGCUUAACGUGGAGGUUAUUGAUGAGAAUGGAGGACGGUCGUUGGAUCUGAUGCCCGAUCAUUUCCCUGUCCAAAAACUCUACAUUUACAGUACUAUUGCUGGCCCCAGAUCUGAUGCCCCACCUUUUGUCUUGACUGUUUAAGGUGAAAUCAGGUAUUAAGGAAUUGAUAUUAUCUUUAUCUUGUUUAUCAUUCUAAAUUGCUUUUCAGAAGUCAACUCUUCUUUUGAAAUGAUGGGAAAGCAGUCAGUUUAUAGUAUGUGCAGCAUGAUUAUGUUUUUAGAUUUCACUCACUGUUAAGUUAUCAAGAAUUCUACUUUUGAUUAUCACUUAUCAAUGAGUUGUGGGACUAUAUGACUUAUGACAUAUACUCAACAUAUAGCAUUUCUCAUCUUUUGGUUUAA